CACUCUCUGUGCAAUCGAGUACACAUUCUUCAAGCUUUGAGCACAGACUGCAACCCCUGGGCUGUUCCCAGUUUGCUUAAAACGGUCGACCCGAACCUUAGGUUCGCUACCACCAGUACUGGAUUCACAAGCAAGGAUGGAGAGACUUCGUACAUGUGAAAGGAAAGAUUGCAAGGCAAACAACAUCUCAUGCGAUUCCGAACCAAGCUGAAACAAAUCAGAGCAGCUAUCUCCCGUGAGCGGACCAACCCCACCCUUCCAAAACGGUGCAACCCCAACGGCUAAGUGUUAACAAGACAAAUGCCGAGUGGCCCACAUACCGAGCAUUCAGGUCCGCGGCGACGCUCACGGGUCCCCCGCACACGAAGGAAGGCCCAUUUAUUCUUGGCAAAACUUCAAAAGGACCCAGCAAAACAGAGCACCAACAUACCAAUCCCAACACGCAUUUAAAACCUACCGUCCUCGAUCAAGAAUCAAAACUGCUGCUGCCAAGCAUCAAGCAAGCAACGAUGGGCACUCGUAGUGAUCCCACAUACCAAUGGAAGCUAUGUUCAGCACAAGAAGCUCUGCUUCUUUUGAUCUUUGCUGCUGUGGCCAUCGUAGGACUUUGUGCAUCGGCCACCCUUCGGAAGAAGAGGAUUACCACUGAGACAACAACUGCAGAGCAAGCGGAUGGAGUUGUUGAAGAUGCUGACAAGAAUGAAUCCAUCGGUAAGUCGGCAGAUGAAGAGAUUGUGUCCAGUUGGGGAGUGAUCAAGAAAGUUCUGAUAAACUCAUUGCAUUUGAACGAAGGGACAAAGCGGGUGGUGUUGGAGAAUGGUGGAAACUCGCAAGAAGAAAUGGAGAUCAUGGAUGACCGAGGAGGACCAGAAGGAUGCGAGAACACUAUGGGGUUGGCCGUCUGGCAGAGGAGGAUACUAAUGGGGGAGAGAUGUCAGUUGCCAAAGUUCAGUGGUCUCAUCCUCUAUGAUGAACACGGGCGCCCCGUCCACAACAGCUCCAACAACGACACACCGCAUCAGGUAAAAGAAACACCAGUUGUGACCACUCUUAAGGACUUGCUUUAAAUUCUCGUUAGCUUAUCAGCAUCCUCGAGUUGCAGAAGAAGAAUAAAGUUCUUGAGCUGUAGAAGAUGAGUAUAUCCAUUUGCAGUAAUUAGCACAUAUGGUAUUUCUUCCAUUAGUGUUCAAGUGGAAAUUGACUGCUGCUUUCAUGGAAUUUCUUAUUAAUUUUAUAUUUGUAAUAUAAGCAUCACUAAGAAAAAGGUUGGAUAAGGAGAGACAUAAAUGGUAUAUGCAAGCUUGUAAGAGUUUAAGACAUGCAAAAUCAUUGUUCAUUCUCUCAUUUUUGCUUUUCUAUUGAUAUCACAUAAAGGAUUAUAAGCAUCAGGUUGCUGUUAAUGUUUAGAUCGAGAAAGUUCCACGCAAACUGUGAU